AUGUUUCAUUUUAUUAUUGCUAUUAACAAUGAGGGAAAACCAUUAAUUCAAAAAUGGUUUGAAGCUUAUUCUGAAAGAGAAAAAAAAAUGUAUCUACGUGAUAUUUGGACAACAAUGGCAACAAGAAAUUCUUUAUCAUGUAAUAUAUUAGAGUACAAAGAUUUUAAAGUUGUUUAUGGAAAGUAUUCAACAGUUUACUUUGUAUGUGCAAUUAGUAAAUAUGAUAAUGAAUUGAUAUCAAUUUAUAUAAUUGAUCGCCUUGUUAGAACUCUUUCACAUUUGAUACCAAAAAUUUGUGAAUUAACGUUAGAAGAAAAUUUUAGAACAGUUCAUCAUCUUAUUGAUGAAAUGUUUUGUGCAGGAGAAUUACAAGAAACAAGUUUAAAACUAAUUUCUGAUACUGUUUUUAAUCAAGAUGUUCUUGAAUUUGAAGAAGUCAAAGGAACAAAUAUAGAUGAUCAAGAUAUAAGAAAUAUUUAUUAA